CUCCCAUCAACCUCCUUCAACUCCAACGACACACAUUACAAGAAAUAAUGUUGAUGCUUCAAGGCCAUGAUACUGAAUCUCUGAACAAGCUGUUGGCGGUUCAGGCACCUCCACUGCCCCAGUGGCAGUCCUUCAUAUUUCCUGCCGUGGCAUCGACCAUGGCGGCGCCCUUUUCGAAUCCCUUUGGUGUGGCCAAGACGCAAGCUCAACUGAUCCAAGGCAAAGGCGGAGGAAUCUUGGGAUUUUUUCGUCUGGCCAUUUCCACGGAUCCCAAGAUUAUUCAGCGUGGUCUGUUCCCUGUUAUGAUGCGAGAGACCAGCCAGAACCUCUUCCGCAUUGGAGCCUACCAGCCCAUUAUGGAUUGUGUGCACAACUGUCCCGAGAAUUCCUCGCCGCCUGCCUGGAAACGCAUGGUGGCGGGUGGAAUCAGUGGUGCCUUGGGAUUCUUUAUUUGCAAUCCAUUUGAAAUUGUGCGAACCAAAGUUCAGGCACAGCCCAUUGCUGCUCUGGGAGGAACCGGCAUUGCCGCCACACCCACAGUUGGUCCCUAUCGAAUCGCCCAAAACAUUUUGGAGACGGGUGGUACCAAAGGAUUCUUUCGUGCGGGAGGAGCUAGCGUUGCACUAGGUGUCGUUUGUACUUCGGUCAAUCUGACAUCUUACACGUUGCUACAUGAGCAUGCGCUGGAAAAGGGAUACCAAGAUACGCCAGCGGUUGACAUGACGUGUGCCUUGAUCAGUGGAUUUGUCUCGGCAUUGGCCAUGAAUCCAAUUGAUGUCGUUCGGACUCGGCUUUUUGCUGGCUCAGCUCAAGGGGGCAUGUUCCAGGUGGCCUACCAAAUCUUCAAAACCGAAGGACCUUCUGCCUUCAUGAAGGGCUUUGUCCCAUCUUUUCUACGCAUUGGGCCACACUUUGUCUUGACAUUUGCCUUCUUGGAGCAGAUGAGGCGAAUGGCCAAAGAUCACAACUUGCAGCGUGCUCGAGAGGCAUGGAUCUUGGGUAUUUUUAAGAGUAUGGACCAAGAUGGCAAUGGUGAGAUUGAUGAGCAGGAACUGCAAAGUGCCCUGCAGGCAGCAGAUCCUUCACGGGAUUCUGCCACGGCCAAGAAGAUUGCCCGCGACGUUUUUGUAGUGGCUGACUACGACAAGAGUGGAUCUAUUGAUCUGGACGAGUUCACGCAUGCCGCGUGUACACAGAAACUGGAUCACAUUAUUCAGGAACAGCAGCGAGUGGCCUUGUUCCGUUCGUUGGAUACGGAUGGAAACGGUUUCAUCACCGAGGAUGAACUCUUGGAGGGGAUCGCCCACAAAUUUCAGGGAUCCGACGAGCGCACCCUUCAACAGGACAUGCGCCGUAUCCUACAGCAAGCGGAUACCAACAAUGAUGGGAAAAUUUCGUUCGAGGAACUCUGUGCAGUGUUUGACUCCUUGGAAGACUUGCAAGAUAGCCGAUUGCUUCGAAAUCGGGCGCACAUAGCCGGUGUACCUGCUUUGUAAAGGAAACAGCGUGCGUGAACCAUGUCUAAAACAAGACAGUGAGGGCCAACUUCUUGCUCGGCAUUCAGCCUUCGCCUCAUUGCCUUGUACCGGAUCUUACCAUUCAUUCCCGUAGCCACCUCCGGAAGAUUCGAUUCUAGAUGUCUAAACAUAGCGUCUCCUGUGUGGCUGGCACUUGUCAGUGCACGUCCAACCUCUAGAACCUAGAACUUUAUAUGUAAUGAAGAAUCAAGUAGUAGUGGAUAGAAAUGCCUCU